GAUUCUGGGAAAUGUGGUUCGGCCGUGGGUGCACGAGGUCAGUCCCGCGAUAACCUCAGGGCUGGAGGCAGAUUCCAAGCUAAGGAACGGUUUGGGGCAGUGUCGUUCCCGGAGGUCGGCGGCUGUUACCUGCUCACCAGCUACGCGGCGCGUCAGGUCCACGGAGACGCGAGCUCCGGGCGCCUGCGGGGACGGUGAGGCCCUGCUGAGGACUCCGGACACUGCCCAUCUAAGAUAAGAGCCUGGAAAGGGGACUCUAUUGGCUAUUGGAAAUUGCAGAAUAAUGGCUCAGGUGACAUUUAGUGAUGUGGCUAUAGACUUCUCUCAUGAAGAGUGGGCAUGGCUAGAUUCUGCUCAGAGGGACUUAUACAAGGAUGUGAUGGUCCAGAAUUAUGAGAACCUGGUCUCUGUAGCAGGUCUUUCCGUAACUAAGCCAUAUGUGAUCAUGUUAUUGGAGGAUGGAAAAGAGCCCUGGAUGGUGGAGAAAAAACUGUCAAAAGAUUGGAAAUCAAGAUGGGAAAACAAGGAAUUAUCAACAAAGAAGGAUAUUUACGAUGAAGAUUCACCCCAAACAGUAACAAUAGAAAAAGUUGUAAAACAGCGUUUUGAAUUCUCAAAUUCUAAUAAGAAUUUGGAAUAUAUAGAAUGCAACAAAUUUAGAAGCACCUUUCAUUCAAAGUCUACUCUUUCCGAACCACAAAACAAUUCUGCUGAAGGGAAUUCACACAAAUAUGAUAUAUUAAAGAAGAAUGUAUCAAAAAAGUCAGUUAUAAAAAAUGAGAGAAUCAAUGGUGGAAAGAAACUUUUGAAUUCUAAUAAAAGUAGGGCAGCCUUCAACCAGAGCAAUUCUCUUAUCCUUCCCCAGACUUGUAAUAGAGCUAAAAUCUAUACAUGCAGUGAAUGUGGGAAAGCCUUUGGCAAACAGUCAAUCCUCAAUCGCCAUUGGAGAAUUCAUACAGGAGAGAAGCCCUAUGAAUGUCGUGAAUGUGGGAAGACUUUUAGCCAUGGCUCAUCCCUUACACGACAUCAGAUAAGUCAUAGUGGAGAGAAACCUUACAAAUGUGUUGAAUGUGGGAAGGCCUUUAGCCAUGGCUCAUCACUUACUAACCAUCAGAGCACUCACACUGGAGAGAAACCAUAUGAAUGUAUGAACUGUGGAAAGUCUUUUAGUCGUGUGUCCCUUCUCAUUCAGCAUCUAAGAAUUCAUACGCAAGAAAAACGCUAUGAGUGUCGUAUAUGUGGGAAGGCCUUCAUUCAUAGUUCAUCUCUCAUUCAUCAUCAGAAAAGCCAUACUGGAGAGAAACCUUAUGAAUGUAGAGAAUGUGGGAAAGCUUUCUGCUGUAGCUCACACCUUACUCAACAUCAAAGAAUUCACAGUAUAAAGAAAAAGUUUGAAUGCAACAAAUGUCUCAAAGUCUUUAGUAGCCUGUCAUUUCUUGUUCAACAUCAGAGUAUUCAUACUGAAGAAAAUCCCUUUGAAGUUUAGAAAUGCAGGAAAUCCUUUAACCAGCUUGAAUCACUGAAUAUGCAUUUGAGAAAUCACAUUAGAUUGAAACCCUACGAAUGCAGUAUAUGUGGGAAAACCUUCAGUCAUAGGUCAUCCCUACUUUGACAUCACAGAAUUCAUACUGGAGAGAAACCUUACGAAUGUAUUAAAUGUGGGAAGACCUUCAGCUGUAGUUCAAACCUUACUGUACAUCAGAAGUCAUACUGGAGAAAAGCCAUAUAAUGUAAUGAGUGUGGGAAAGCUUUUAGCAAAGGCUCAAAUCUUACUGCCUAUCAAAGAGUACAUAAUGGAGAGAAACCCAAUAAUGUGGUAAGUGUGGAAAAGCCUUUAGAUCAUAUGAAUCACUAUACAUGUGAGAAAUCUUACAGAAGAGAAACUAUUUGAAGCAGUGUUUAUCAUGGUAAACUUCAUAGAUCCUCCCUUAUUUAACAUCAGAAAAAAUUUAUACUGGGGAAAUGUUGUAUGAAUGUGGUGAAUAUGGGAGACUUUUAGCAAUGAUACAGACAUUUUUAUUUAUCAGAGUUUAUACUGUAGAGAAAUCAUAUGAAGUCAAUAAAUGUGGGAAAGCCUUUGUCAGUAUUAGUCCCUUAAUUGACAUAAGUAUACUCACACUAGGAAAAAACUGUGUACAUGUAGCAAAUGUGGGAAAGACUAUAGGCAAUAGGAAUCUCCUACAAACUCCUACAGGAAAAAAGUAUGAAUGUGGAAAAUUUAGAAAUUGAAGGAAUUCUUCAGUUCCAAGUGCAUCCCUUAUUCUACAGGAAAUAAACUGGAGAGAAAUCUCAUCAUAUAAGAGAUGUAGCAAAGUGUUCACUAAGAGUGUUUAUCUUGCUAGACAUCAGAAGAUGAAUGGUAGAGCAACCUGAAGGAUUUAGAAAUUACAUGUAAAUCUGCAGUGGUGCUAUUUGUAAACAGGAUUCUAUAGGAGAGCAAAUAAACAUAAUUAAGUAUGCAUUUCUUAGAGCAGUAGCUUGCAGUUUCAGUUGAGUUCUACUUAGAAAUUCUUUUUAGCUAGUGGGCAUGUGAAGAUAUUUAGUCACCCAGAGGAGCCAGUAAAUAUUAUAAUGUUAAAAAUUAAAGCUGCAAAAGAAAUAAAAUGGUGUUAAUAAAAGUUUGGUAUCUAAUAAGAUCAUUUUGUAUAUCAUGAA